AUGUCGCAACAAGGCUACCAGCUUUCUGCCUCGGACGAGGAUGGCCUACCGUUGCGCCCGAUUCAUCCGCGAAACCCAGUCUCCUCCUCUUACACUCCACUCUUGAGUCAAGAAGAGGAGUCAUCACCAUUUCAGCCUCAAGCAAGUCCCAUUCUCGAGGCCACAGAACCGACACUUGCCCACGACCACACAAGCCCAACUCCACCAAAGCAACCGCAUUCGCAGUACGCCACUCUUCAAACUGUAGAUAUUGAAGACAGAACCAGCAAUAAUCCGCAACAACCGACGCUGUCCACGGGGUUUCCGAGGACACCGCUCUGGAAGCCAGUCUCGCUCAGAUGGCCCGUUUUGCUCUCCACCCUCGUUGUCGCUCUGGUACUCGGGCUGGUGGUGGUUUUUCUGUUGGCGUAUUCCGUUGUGCACGAUGGCCUCGGGCAUGACGACGGCUCUUCUGCCAUCCUUUUCGGAUGGCGGUUUACUCCCACCCUCGUCACCGUUUUAUAUGCAAUACUGACCACCAUUACAUUGCAUGACGCCGCCCGGACUGAAUCUCUUGCGCGCAUGUCCCACGUGUCCGGCGCCUCCUCAACUUCAAGCUUGUUCAAGAACCCCGGACAGUGGUGGUCUAUCAUUGCGGACAGCUUAAGGAAGCGUGAGAAUCAUGGGCAUCUCAACUACUUCCUUCUGGCAACUGUACUCGUUCAUGUCAUCGGCUCCUUGUUGAUUAACCCUCUGUCCUCGGCCUUGUUGCAAAGUCAGCCCGUGGAGCUGGUUUCGAGGGUACCGUUUACUCGAUAUGCGGUUUCUAGCGAUGAUGCUAUCAGCAUGGCGGCCGAUGACCUUGUGUAUUUCCGAACCAUCGGCAAUAUUCUCCAAAAUCUCACAACAUCCGCUUGGUUGACGGACAAGUACGCCAUCGUACCAUUCUCGCCGUCGUCUGUGACUUUAGACCUUGGGAUCGCUGGGACAGAAAAGGCCCAGCAAUGGCAAGCGAACACGACCGUGCUUUCUGUCGGGCUGGACUGUCAAGCAAUGCAAGUGCAAAAAGCCGUUUGGGUUGAGAACGUCACCGAAGAUGGCUCGACAUCCCCCCAUCAGUACAACUCACUGUUGCUGACGGACAAUGAGGGCUGUGAGGCAGGCAUAAAUGGAUUUUCUCAAUACAUGACUUUCUACGGCGGUGGCUCAUGGUUUGCACCACCCCGUGUUGUUUUGCCCAUUUGGGAUGACAACUCCUCAGGCCAGUAUUAUAACGCCACGCCACAAUGUGACGAUCGACAGGUUGUGCUGUCCACCAACGGCACCUGGAGUGGUGAUACGUCAGAUAGCUGGAACAAAUACUUCAAGGCCGCGGCAUGGUCCUGCAAGACCUCGUUCUACGCUGCCGACAUGCUUGUCACCGCGACCACAGGGCCGAGUGGGACCACUCUGGACGUUGAUGAUGCCGUGUUCAAUGCUCGUCGCAGUCUGCUGCCGGCCACGAGUCUCGAUCAGGAUCGCUUUGAAGAUGCCUUUUUGAACCUCAAUUGGACCAGCAUGAUCUAUACCCCCAACACCAACUCACUACCGAGCUUUGGAGGAGUGUCGGCAUUGCUGGCGGCCAUGUACGAUUUCAAUCCAGGCAGCAUGAUGGACACUGGGUCUGUCGGAGAGAGCGCCCGAAGAAUCAAACAGCGUUUCCUAGGUGAAAUGAUGAUUGCCAAUAUCGCCGAGAAUGGACCGGUUGUGCAUACUGGCCAGGUCAUCGAGAGUCCGCGGAGGGUCGUUGUCAACCUCCCCAUCGCCAUCUCGCUGGCUGUACUUUUCCUUGUUUCAGCUGGGCUGAUGGCCGUGGUUUUGUUCCUCUCGGGCCGACGUCCCUUGCAAUUGCACAAUGACCCUGCUUCAGUGGCAGCCGUGGUCAAACUCAUCGAAGGGAAUUCCGUCAUCCGCGAUUGUUUUAAGGCACGGGACGACGGCAAUGGAGCAUUGUCGGAUUGGAAAUUGGACCACACAACCCAUUUUUUGCGCGACGGACUCAUACGGUCAGUCAAGACCGUCGAUGAAGAACCCGCUCCUGUCCCGACUCAGACAGAUACCCAUCAAGAUUGGAGACCCUUCGUGGUACGACGGCUCGCGGGCCUCCUAUUGCUGUCGCUUUUGACUGUCGUAUUCGCUGCGAUCCUGGUGCUCUUCGUACUUGCGCAUACCGCCGGUCUCUACGAAUCCGCUUUCACGUAUCAGACUGACCUGCUCCCUUCCAGCAGUGACCUGUUCACGUUUGCGCCUUAUUCGAUAGUGCCCACCCUCCUCGCUGUCGUUAUCAGUCUGUGGUGGGAUGAUCUCGACGGGGCUUUCCGCAGACUCCAACCGUAUGUGACCAUGGCUCAUAAGGCGGUGCCUGCUGCGCCUAAUAUUGGCCUGUCAUAUUUGGCCACGCAUCCAGUCGGCUCUGUGGUCAAAGCAGUCAGGAACGGACACCUGCUCGUGGCAUUGGUUUCUGCCGGCGCCAUUCUCACCCAGGUCUUUACCGUGUCCAUGUCCGCAUUAUGGCAACGAGCCGACGGUUCUCGGACGGGUGAAAUGAACCUGAUCCGCAAUUGGGAGCCGAGGACUCAGCCGUUCGUUUACGUGUAUUCGGUUGGGAGUUCCAUGGGCGGAGGCGACCCUGAGGGACAGGAUAUCCUGUCCGACUUCUACGGCCACCUUUCGACCAACUGGCUCUACUCGGCAACCCUGCAGCUUGCAUACAACGGAUCAGAACCUGCUUGGAGCAUGGACGGCUGGAGCUUUGUGCCAGUGGAUCUAUCUUCCAUAACGGAGUCGCAGAUGUACACGAAUACCCCUACGACGAAUUCUUCGUCUACAAGUGGGAAUUCGACGUUGGGCAAGAGUGUUAAUAUCACCAUCAUCACGCCUGCACUACGAGCCACGGCAGAUUGUAGUAGCAUCGAAUCGACCACGAAUCUAUCAAGCUGGACUACCGACUGGGACCUGACCGACCCCGGAAUUUGGAAUGUCUCGCUGAAUCCAACCACGCUGACCAAGGGCUAUGAAGUCAACGGGCAAUUCGAGCUGAAUCGCGAGGCCAACUUUUCGACAACACCGAUCCUGAGCCGGGAAAGGACGAUUCUGUGUUGCGCCAACGCGUCCAGUCAGGCCCGCGACUCGGCUGCGAUUGGCUACUGGUCCAACAACUACCCGCAGGACCUGGUGUACGACUUCGAAUCGUCCACGGGUCUCUAUCCUCGUAACUUCACCAUGAAAUGGAUCCGAGGCACUGCGGAUCAACACUUCUACUCGAUGAAUUCGAGCUACGCAAGAGGCUAUGGAGAAGCCGACGAUUUCCGGCACCUCAUCUGGAAGGAGGCGCCUCGAAUGUCGGCGCUCAACUGCCAGCCUCGGAUUGAAUGGAGCAACGCCAGCGUGACGGUCGACAUGGCCACAGGUCGCGUCUGGAAGUAUUCAAUCAUCGACGCUCCCGAGACAGUCGACUGGCCUUGGAGCGACGCAUAUCUCACCCACAAUUACAGCCAGCCGGGAGACGGGACCGAAUCUGGGGUCAUACACGAUCAGGUCACCGUCAGCUACGGCGUACUGUUCCAGGACGCUCUAAUGUUUGCGGCAGACCUGCAAAAGCUUUGGCCCAGUGGCGGGUCAACCACUUCCCACGUGGAAGAUUUGGACGACAAGAACUUCAACUUUCGUCUGCCGCCUCAAGGCCUCAACACCGAUCUCAUGUCUUACUCCAUGUAUCAGCUCGCGCAAGGCGACCUGGAAGUGUUGAUGGACCCCACUCAGAUGGCACGGCUCGGGCAGCGGGUGUUGUCGACCUUCUUCCAGCAUUUCAUUUCUUCCAACGUUUCUGCCAGCGGCGGCUGGGGCUUUCAGCAAAUCGGGGCUACGUUGCCUGGGGACCUCGGGCAGAUCAUAGAUGACGGCUCGGGCGCGUCAAACCAUCAAGAUCAGAACAGCAGCUUGACGACGGACACGAACGCUCCAGCCCAUGUGGAUAUCGCGGUCGAAGUUCUGCAGAUGUCCCCAGUGGCCGCAUAUAUUUCGUUGAUCAUCCUGUUUAUUCUGGCACUGGUGACGAUGCUGGUGUAUUGCGUGGGCUACCGACAUUUGCGGAAACUGAGGUACGACUUUGACAAUCUGGCCAAUGUGAUCAGUGUCGUCUAUGACAGUCCCAAGCUCCAGCGCUGGAUCCAGCAGCAUCCUGAUCCCAAGGAGUGGACGAGAAGGAGCGGUCCUGGACCGAUGCCUCGAGUGCAACUUGGUCCGUUCAAAGGAAGUGGUGGACGAGAAGUAUGGGGUAUUGAAAUUGUGGAUGAUGAUGAUGAUUAUGACGAUGACGAACGGGAGGCGUAG